AUGCAAACGAAAACUAUUCUUUUCGCUGUACUUGGUGCCAUGACCGCAUCCGCUGCAUCCAUUAAGCGACAAAACAACGGCGCUGAUUUUGGUACAUGCACCCCGACCAUGGACUUCCAACUGGGUCGUGCCGGGCGAAAGGCAGACCAGGGGACGUUUCUGCCCACCGACCCUGUCGUCGCCAAGGGUCAGCAGGAUGCUCUAAACCCAAACAUUAUCACGAACCGAAUUUGCGAUCAACUCACCAAUGUGUGUAAGGCCAAUCAAGCUGCCAAAGAUCUAUGCCAGCAGGCCAAGGCACAAGUCUCGGCAGCGGGUGUCAAGGAUGCGUCGGCCGCGACGAUGUUCAAUGGCGCAUUGGGGUUUUGA